AUGCUAUCCUCCAUCUCCGGCGUCAUAGGCCAGAAGGGCCAGGCAAACUACGCCGGCGGUAAUGCAUUCCAGGACGCUUUCGCAGAGUACCGCCGUGCACUUGGAUUGGCCGCUAUUAGCAUCGACCUCGGACCCAUAGAAGACGUCGGCGUCAUCCACGGCAACGAAGAUCUACAAAACAGGUUCGACGGGAGUCCUCUGCUGUUAAUUGACGAGGGCUUACUGCGCCGGAUCUUCGACUACUCUAUCAUUCAGCAACAUCCAGACGCAGACCGCCGGCUGAAUCUCUCGAGUCAGGGCCAAAUGAUUACAAGUCUACUGGUCCCCCAACCUGAAGAUAGCGACCUCCUCGGAGAUGUGCGGUUCAGUGGAUUGCGAGUCCUCCAAAGACAAGGACCUUCAAAGUCUUUUGCUGUUGGCACACUCCCAGAAUCAUGA